AUGGAUUUGUCGAAGCGAAAACCACCUCCGUUGAGACUCCAAGAAGCAAGGAAUUUAAUGUUUAUAGACUCCGAAAAAGAUUCUUCGUAUGCAAGAAGUCCAAUGUCAUCCCCCACUUCUCCUUGGCAUGUUUCAGACAAAUUGAUCAGUGCUAUAUACCAAGAAUUGAAAUCUCCUAGCUCUCCUUGGGAUAAGAAUUUUUCCCAGCAAUCGCCAUGGUUACUUGCGAAUAGUGUGAUAUCUCACGAUGAAGAUAGCCCUUUACUUCCUGUAGUUUCACCAUUGAAUUUGAAAACCGGAAGCCAGUCAAUGAUGUCUAAAAAAAGAUCCAAAGUCAGAAAACAGUCUCCUACAUCUAAAUUAUAUUCCAAAGAAGAAGGGGUACUUCACAAACAUCCAAAGGUGGUUAAACAGAGGUCUUCGCUUGCAAUUGAUGAAAGGAAUUCAGACUUCAGAAAAUCCGGUGAUUAUUCAACUAGCUCUGCUGCUGGUAUAAAAUCUACUCGACAAAGUACAGCUUAUAAAAACUCUCUCCGUGAUUUGGAAUUCCUUGAAAUAGAAGACUUGUCAUCUCGAAAUAAAUUUCCGAUAAAAGAACGUGAAAAUGUUAGUACCCGCAUGUCGAACGCUUACAGUCGGUUUAAGUCUGCUGUAAAGGACCGCACAAAUGGAUCUACGGGCCCAAAACGUUCCAAGAUGAAAAAGAAUAUCCAACAUUUGGGUCUAACUGAGUAUUAUGGAUGGGAACACCAUUCUUGUGAUUGGUUAUAA